AUGUCGGGCGAAGGCGAGGAGCGCGCCGGCUACACCAACGUCCACCGCGCCUUCCUGCAAGCCCUCCUCUCCCGCCAAACCAUCACCUACCCCGAAGCCAAACCGCUCCUCGCCGCAAUCGAAACAGCCGCCACGCCCGCCCGCCUCACGCUGGUCGAAGACGUGUCGCAGCAAGACUUUGACAACUAUAUCCACACCCUCAACGAGCACAUUUCGCCCUUUGACCUCGAGAUCCGCAGCACGCGACACCAGGCCACGAAGCUGCAGGUGUACGCGCUGGUGAACACGACGAGCGAUGCGCUGACGCAGAUGGCGACGCUGCGCACCGCGGACGAGAUGGCGUUUGUGAAGAGGGUGUUGGAUGCAAUGUUUGAGACGAAUAAUUCCGCGCGGGCGGAGGUCAUGGCUGUCAAUUCUAUGCAGGCUGUGAAGUUGGCCAAGGCGCCGAAUGACUCUGCUGCGCGGAGGGAGUCCGGGGCCGGAGGACAGACGCAGAGAGCGGGGCAAGCGGCUUCUGCUGGCCUUACCCUCGCGCAGGCGGAGAGAGUACUGGCGGACUUGGUAUCGGAAGGCUGGCUGGAGCUUUCGGCGAAGGGCUACUACACUCUGACACCGCGGGCGCUGAUGGAACUGCGAGGCUGGCUGAUCGACACGUACAACGAACCUUCAGAUGAGGAGGACGACGAGGAUGACGAGGAACCGCGGGAGAGGAUCAAGUUCUGCAAGGCGUGUAAAGAGAUUGUCUCAAUGGGGCAGCGAUGUCCGACCUUGACCUGUCCCGCGCGCCUGCACGAUGGGUGUGUGAGGAAUAUGUUCCGGGCGCAGGGCGGGAACGAGCAGUGUCCGGUGUGUAAGACGGCUUGGACCGAUGCCCCGCCGGUGGGGGAGAAGGCGGCUAGGAAUGGAGGGGAUGGACGGAGGGCGUCUACGAAUGGCAAUGCUGCGGCGAGAAGGAGAAGUGGUGGGGCCACAUCGGCUGUCCCGGACGAUGCUGAUGACAGCAGCGAUACGAGCGUUUAG